AUGGGCAAACUCGUGCGCCUAGAGCUCUGCAACUUCAAGUCGUAUAGCGGCCGGCACACCCUCCUCUUCGGCGACUCGUACUUCACCUCCAUCAUCGGCCCCAAUGGCGCCGGCAAGUCCAACAGCAUGGACGCCAUCUCCUUCGUCCUGGGCGUCAAGUCGGCAACACUGCGCUCCGACAAGCUCAAGGACAUGGUCUACCGCGGCAGGGUCAUUGAGCGCGCGACCAACGGCGACGCCAACGGGGGCACACAGGACAAUGGCGAGUCGCAGGCCAGUACCCAGCGCAACGACCCCCAGACCGCCUGGGUCAAGGCCGUCUUCGAGGACGAUGCUGAGCAGACGCACGAGUGGCAGCGCGACAUCACCCGUGCCGGCGCCAGCGAGUACCGCAUCAAUGGCCGUCAAGUCACCCAGAAGCAGUACAACGAGGCGCUCGAGGAACAUAGCAUCCUCGUCAAGGCCCGCAACUUCCUCGUCUUUCAGGGCGACGUCGAGAAAAUCGCGACCAUGGCCCCCAAGAAGCUGACUGAGCAGAUUGAGCGCAUCUCCGGCAGCUUGGAGUACGCAGCCGACUACGAGCGCUUAAAGGCCGAGUCCUUGGACGCAACCGAAGACAAUGCCAAGCACCUCCAUGAGCGCCGUGGCAUCAACGGCGAGCUCAAGACCUAUCAGGAGCAAAAGGCAGAGGCCGACGAGCACGAGAAGAAGCUGGCCGAGCGUGACGAGGCCGUUGUCACCAAGACCCUCUGGAAGCUCUUCCUCUACCAACAGACGAUGGAAAGGGCGCGCAAUAAGAUUGCCAGCCACCAAGAGGAGCUCAAGGAACACAAGCGCAGUGUAGAAAAAUACCACAAGAGGCACGAAGCAGAGCGUCAAGCCGAGGCCAAGGUCAAGCGCGACCUUGCAAAGACCGAUCGUAGCAUCAAGGAAAAGGAAAAGGAGAUUGAAGAUGCCUCCAACGAGCUGGCCCCCAUUGAGGAGAAGAUUCGUCUAUCCAACGAGGCAUGCCGAAGGUACGAAAGCAAGAUGGAGACGCUCCGAAAACAACGCGACGCCGAGAAAGAGCAGGUCGAGAGAUGCCAAAGGAACAUUGACCAGGUGCACAAGGCCGAGAAGAAGUGGGAGGAUGACUUCAAGGCUGCGGCCCAGCGUCAAGGCCGUGAGCUCUCUGAGCAGGACAUUCAAGAAUACAACGAGCUGCGUAGCGAUGUCACCAAGCGAACGCAUAGUGAUCAGAUGCAAAUCGACCGGCUGAAGCGUGAAGUCGAUACGGACAGGGACCACGUUCGCAAUCUUCAGCAGAGUGUCGAGAGCCAUGAAAAGGCCGUGGAGAAGCUCAGUGCGGAAAUCACACAACUGGAGUUGCGCCAGCAAGAAUCAAAGACUGACAUCAAGGAGUUGGAGAAAUCCAGAGCCAAGAAGCAGCAACAGUUGGACACUCUCAGAGCCGAGACGAGGCAGAUCCGAAUGCAAUACGAGGAAAAGAAUCAGCUGCUGCAGGCGGCUUUGCAGGCACUCAACAUCAUGGAGGGCUCGCGUCGUGAGUCAAAGAAGCAACAGGAAGCCCGCAGGACAGUUGAGCGCUUGAAGACCCGACUUGGAUCGGAAAAGGUGCACGGCCGAUACAAGGACUUGAUCACGCCAAUACAACAAAAGUAUCGCAAAGCCAUAGGGCGCGUGCUUGGAGCGCAGAUGGAGACGGUCAUUGUCGACACAGAAGCAACUGCCAAGGCGUGCAUUGACUAUCUCAAACAAGAACGAAUUGGCAUCAUGGCGUUCAACCCUCUUGACUCUAUACAAAUCAGGGCUAUCGAUCCCCAACUAAAGGGUGCACACAAGGGCGUGCGACUGGCUAUUGAUUGCAUCAAGUUUGAUCCCAAGCACGAGCGUGCAAUGAGCGCUGCAUGUGCAAGCACGAUCAUAUGUGAUUCUGAAAAGAUUGCAAAGGAAUUGAGGUACGAGAAGCGUGUUGAAGCCAAGGCGGUCACCUUGGACGGUCGAGUGAUUGGCAAAGGGGGAACGCAGACGGGUGGAGAGCUCGACCGCGACGACGACUUGAGUGAGCAGGCCUGGGAUGAGCGAGCUUACCAAACUCUGGUAGACCAGGUCAACAGGUACCAAAAAGAGUUGAAGGAGCUGCCAAAAUCAGACCGGCAACAAGAGGAGCUGAACCUGGAAGUGGAACUUGCAGACCUCGAGGACCAGAUUGCGCGUGCAAAGGACGAAUCCAAAGCUUUGGCUCGCAAUAUUGAGAGUGUGAAGAAGGACCUGGCGCACCGCAAGAACGAGCUGAGGGGCGUGCGACCCAACUACGAACAGCAGGCACAGCGGUUGCGGAAUCGAGAAGAGGAACUGCGGCGUUAUCAAGAUGCGGUCAACCAAGUCAGUGAUCAGAUUUUUGCAGCAUUCUGCCAGCGCCUGGGUUACGAUUCGAUUCGAGACUAUGAGUCGCAACAAGGAAGUGCCCAGCAGAAGGCUGCCGAAGAGCGUCUGGAGUUUACCACGCAGCGAAGCAGACUCCAAUUCAUGAUGAAACAACUCCAGUCAUCAUACGAAGGCAUCGAGGCGCGACUGAAGAAUGCCGAAGACGAGAUCAAGCGCAAGAGUGCAGACAUUGCUGAGCUCGAAAGCAAGCGGACUGAGUUGCAAGAGGCCAGCGAUGUGCUUCAAGCCGAGCUGGAGAAGCUACAAGAAGAGCGACAACAGCUAGAGAAGAAACUCUCUGAACGAGCGGCGGCUGUCAAGGAGGCGCGACGGGCCCUGGACCAGCGCAACGAAAAGGUCAAGCACGUUCUCAAAGAAGUCAACGAAGAGGAUGCCAAGAUCAAGACCUGCGCAACGAACCGAUACAAUGUCCUAAAGGAGUGCAGAGUCAAUGAGAUUGCCAUACCUCUGACGGAAGACUCGAAUUCUCUCACAUCACUCCCCAUCACAGAUAUGCCGCAGCCGGAUGCGGAUGCCAUGGACGUGGACGAAGACCCAGAUUCCACGCAGAUUCAGACCGCCCAGGUAGACGACUACGGCAUCGAAGUCGACUUUGAAGAGCUAGAGGAAGACCUCCGCACCGAAAUCCUCGACAUUCUCGAAAGCGAAGACGACCCUUCCGACAGCCUCCAAUCCCAACUCGGCACCCGCCUCAAGGCCGCAGAAGCCAAACUGACCGACCACAUCACCCGGCUAGAAACCGACAUUGCCAAAGCAACGCCCAACAUGCGCGCAGCCGAGCGCCUCAUUGCCACCGAAGCGCGCCUCAAAGCCGUCGACGAAGCUUUCGCCGAAACCCGCAAGCGCGCCGGGGCGGCCAAGAAGGCAUUUGAAGAAGUAAAGCAAAAACGGUAUGACCUCUUCAUGAAAGCGUACAACCACAUUUCGGAGAACAUUGGCGGCACCUACAAAGACCUGACCAAAUCCCCGCAAUUCCCCCUCGGCGGCCAAGCCUACCUCGAUAUGGAAGACAGCACGGAGCCAUACCUCGAAGGCCUCAAAUACCACGCCAUGCCGCCGCUCAAGCGCUUCCGCGACAUGGAACACCUGUCUGGCGGCGAGAAGACGAUUGCGGCGCUUGCCCUGCUGUUUGCCAUUCACAGCUACCAACCCAGUCCGUUCUUUGUGCUCGACGAGGUCGAUGCCGCGCUCGAUAAUGUCAAUGUUGCGCGGGUGGCGAAUUAUGUGCGCGAGCAUGCGAGUCCCGGGAUGCAGUUUAUUGUGAUUAGUUUGAAGGCUGGGUUCUUUCAGGAGAGCGAGACGUUGGUUGGGGUUAUGCAGGAUCAGGGGAGUGAGAAGACGAGCAAGUAUUUUAGUUUGGAUCUCCGCAAAUACGCACCCGUCGCCCCCACCGCCGCAGCCUAG